UUAUAUCACUAAUUUGAAUUUAUGUGUUUGUUGCAUUUAAAGUAUUUAAUUUAUUUUCUAAUGAAUAUUUUUUAAAUUGCAGGUUUCUUGAUUAUGAGGUCAGUCACAAAGCUGUUGCUAUCAUGCGCCAAUUUUUCAAUGGUCCGUGGUUGUCAUGGAGGGAGGUCCCUACACAUGCUAAAGUUGGAAUGUGGAACAAAUUUGAGGAGAUACACACAAUUCUUCCAGGACAAUUGCAUCAUGUGCAUCAAGUUUGGAACAAGCAUUGUCAGCGACGAUUGACAACCUCAUUAGGGAGGGUCAGAAGCCAAAAGCUUCUGGAAGCAAAAGGAGAUUUAAAUAAAGCCCGUGAUAAACCCCCUAAUUGGAUCUCUAGAGAAAAUUGGAAUAAGCUAAUUGAUAUUUGGAUCUCCCCAAAAUGGAAGAAGAAAUCAGAAGCCAACAAAAAUAAUAGAAACACCAUGAAGAAUGGUAGCAUCUCUAAACACUGUGGAGGAUCAAUCACAUUUGUCAAUCAUGACGAACGAUUGAAAUUAAAGUUACGUAGGGAGCCAACAAUAGUUGAAUCUUUUAAUCGGACGCAUAAGACAAAGCAAGGCAUGGGAGGAUAUGUAGAUAAGAGAAGUGAAGCUGUCAUGGCAAAGUAUUCAGCUGAAUACUCCAAAAAUAUGGUGAUGCCUCCACCUCAGAUGGCUCCUCCACGUGAUUAUGACUUGUGGUUUGAGGCAACUGGUGUCCCAACUCAUGGCCAUGUCUAUGGCUUUAGUCCCCUAGAGGAUCUCACUGGAAUUAUUGGGCAAUCAUCAUCUGCUUCCGACCUCUAA